AUGUUUGUGCCCAACGAUCUCAAAUGGAGUAUCGCACAAUCAAUGCUGAGCAGCUACGUCACCCCUAGAACCCGGGUGUAUGGUCCCCUUGGAGUUUUGCGACGGUACUUGCAGGUGGUCGGUCUUACAAUGGAUGAUUGUGGAUUUGUGCUCUGGGGCACUGCUAGGAAGGUUCACCUCUUCCAUGACUGCCUGGUGGACCUUCAAGCGCUCAUGUCCGAGGCUUGGGACUUCACUCUCACAAUGCGACUGCGAACUCGUAGUGGCGCAGAACUUUUGCCUGAAAUUGACGCUCAGGAAACCAGCUUUGUCCUUGAGAAAACUCCUGAGUAUUCUGCUUGUCAGGCGUCAGUGCUACACCUUACAGGAGGUUGGCCCACGCGCGCAUAG